GCAGGGCAGGUCUGGUCUGCUGCUGAUAGAGUGAGCAGCCGGCGGUGCAGACCACGCAGGCCCGCCGAGCGCGCUAUAAAACCCGAGGCAGUGGGCGAGGCCAUCCAUCCAUCCUCGGAUCGGUCGAUCAGCCGGUCCGUCGUCGUCCCAACCUCCAUCCCUCGAUCAGCUUCUGGAAAAUUAAGGAAAGCAUGUUCGGGCACCACCACCACCAUGGCCACGGCGGGCACGGCCAGGCCCCGCCGCCACCGCCGCCGCAUGAGCAGACGCUGUACAAGAUCUUCUGCCGCGCCGACGAGGCGUACUGCCUCACGGUGCGCAACGACACCGUCGUCCUCGCGCCCACCAACCCUCGCGACGAAUCCCAGCACUGGUACAAGGACAUGAGGCACAGCACCAAGGUGAAGGACGCGGAGGGCCAGCCGGCGUUCGCGCUCGUCAACAGGGCCACCGGCCUCGCCAUCAAGCACUCGCUCGGCCAGUCCCAUCCUGUGAAGCUGGUGCCCUACAUCCCGGACUACCUGGACGAGUCGGUGCUGUGGACGGAGAGCCACGACGUCGGCAAGGGCUUCCGCUGCAUCCGCAUGGUCAACAACAUCCACCUCAACUUCGACGCCUUCCACGGCGACAAGGACCACGGCGGCGUCCACGACGGCACCACCGUCGUGCUCUGGGAGUGGGCCAAGGGACCCAACCAGAGCUGGAAGCUGCUGCCCUGGGGCGACGAGGCCUACAACGCGCCGCGCGCACCACCAGGAGGGCCGUACCCACCGCCUGCAGCCCAGCCGGAGCCAGCCUACGGCGGGUACCGGCCCCCGCCGGGCGGCCCAGCUGCCGGUGGCUACGCGCCGCCACCACCAGGGCCGUACCCACCGCCUGCACCCCAGCAGGAGCCAGGCUAUGGCGGGUACCGUCCCCAGCCGCCUGUGCACGAGCCUGGCUACGGCGGCUACCCGCCGGCUCCGGGCAACCCUGCCCCGGGGUACGGGCCCCCCGCCGGGUACGGGUACGGCAACCUGCCUCGCGUGCUCGCGUCUGAGCCCACCGUGCGCGUCUUCUGCAAGGCCGGCGACGGGUACAGCCUCACCGUCAGGAACGGCACCGUGUGCCUGGCACCAACCAACCCCAGGGACGAGUUCCAGCACUGGGUGAAGGACAUGAGGCACAGCACUCGCAUCAAGGACGAGGAAGGGUACCCGGCGUUCGCGCUGGUGAACAAGGUCACCGGCGAAGCCAUCAAGCACUCCCUGGGACAGAGCCACCCGGUUCGUCUGGUGCCCUACAACCCUGAGUACGUGGACGAGUCCGUGCUGUGGACUGAGAGCCGCGACGUCGGCCACGGCUUCCGCUGCGUGCGCAUGGUGAACAACAUCUACCUCAACUUCGACGCCUUCCAUGGCGACAAGGACCAUGGCGGCGUCCACGACGGCACCACCGUCGUCCUCUGGGAAUGGGCCAAGGGCGACAACCAGCGCUGGAAGAUCCUGCCCUGGUAGAUAUGAAGCCAUCCAAUCGCGGCGUUGAGAAGAUCGACCGGAGAAACUUUACCUUGCUGCCGUCUCCGUCCUCCGCUCCAUGUCGUUGAUCGAGUCGUUCUAGUUAUUAUCUUUCUGUUUUCGCGUCGGUUCCUGAAUGAACAGUAAUAAUAUAGGAGUACUAGUUGUUGUCCAUCAGCGUGCGACCAUGUCUGAAUCUGAUCGUAUCUUGCUGGUUGCGCGCUGCUGCUACUUCUCUGUUUGGUGUUCUGAAAGACUUUCGAGUAUGUUGAUGCUGAGUUUCAUUCAGACUUUGAGUGAUUCUGAGUUUCUGAUGAGGAAUCGAUCUACCGAGCUGCAUUGCUGCA